UCAAUCUCAUCCAUCUUCAGCAUUCACAUACACUAUACCCUUACUCAAAACCUUUACAACCUCAACAGACUAGACUUGUACACAGACAAGAUGGGUGGUGAAGGCUGGCUUUUCCUCUUCGCGGUCCUUAUGGCCGCUGUGCUCUUGUUCACCAUGGUGUUCUUUAUCAUCAUGUUCUCUGAUCUUGAGUGCGACUACAUCAAUCCUAUCGACCUUUGCAACAAGCUCAACCAAUUCGUCCUUCCUGAAAUGAUUGCCCACGCUUUCCUUACCCUCUGUUUCCUUCUUUCCGGACAAUGGCUCGCUUUCCUCCUCAACGCUCCAUUAGUCGCAUACAACGUCAACAAGAUUAUGAGCAAGAAUCACAUGUACGACGCCACAGAAAUCUUCAGAACUCUUUCUGGUCACAAAAAGGAAAGCUUCAUCAAGCUCGGUUUCUACCUUAUUUCCUUCUUCUACUAUCUCUACCGCAUGAUCCUUGCUUUGAUCUCCGAAAGCGACUAAAUCACCUACCAAGCAUCAGUAACAUGAAGGACUAGGGUGGGGAUUGGUUUUGGAGUGCAAUACAAGUUAAUCAGUUGGAGGAGGAGGACCUUAUCAGAUGGAGUUGAUGAGCUGAUGGUUGCCCAGAGAGGAGGGGAAGUUAUCCGCGGAAUGAACGCCGAAUUAGUGGAGUGAUAGAUGUUUGAUCACAGAUUAUUGGAUGUUUUGGAUGAGAGUAUACAGUACAGUAGUGAGCUGUUUGCAUGAAAGCAAAACUAAUCUUGAAGCAUAUUAUUGAAUCCUGCAUAAUAUUUUUCAACCUAACAUUAAUCUCGUGUUCUUUUUUAUUUUAUUUUUUGAAAUGGAAUAUCAUGAUAGCG